AGUCCACUGCCAGCCGUGCUUAGAUUCUUAAAACUCUUACAACCACAACCCAUGACCCGACGGUUUUUUUUCUCACAUCACCAAAAUCAGACCACGACCAAAAUAAGCUUCCUUUUCCUAUCAUUUCAGGGAUCUUCCCCAGCUAUUUUUCACGCUGAUACAGAAUUAUAUAAUUUGUUUUGAAGUAUUUUUGAAUUUCCUACAAGCAACGAGAGAUGCAGGCAUCAAGGGCAAGGUUGUUUAAGGAAUACAAAGAGGUGCAGCGAGAAAAGACGGCGGAUCCCGAUAUUCAACUUGUUUGUGAUGAUUCCAACAUAUUUAAAUGGACUGCUCUAAUCAAGGGACCAUCUGAGACACCUUAUGAAGGUGGAGUGUUUCAGCUUGCAUUCGCUGUUCCCGAGCAGUACCCUUUGCAACCCCCUCAAGUGCGGUUCUUGACAAAAAUAUUUCACCCCAAUGUGCAUUUUAAGACUGGAGAGAUCUGCCUUGAUAUAUUGAAGAAUGCAUGGAGUCCUGCUUGGACACUUCAAUCUGUUUGUAGGGCUAUAAUAGCCUUAAUGGCUCAUCCAGAACCUGAUAGCCCUCUUAAUUGUGAUUCUGGCAAUCUUUUAAGGUCUGGUGAUAUGAGGGGAUUCCAGUCCAUGGCAAGAAUGUACACCAGACUUGCUGCCAUGCCUAAAAAAGGGUGAACUUAAAUGGUGUAAUGAACAGUCUUAAACUGUAAGCGAUUCACUUGUUGUGCUUUCCAAAUAACAUUCAAGAAUGUCUCCAGUUUUUCUGAUCCAACAUAUAGAUUAUAGAACAACAUUGAUGUUUAUGUAUCUAGAUUACCAAUAAACCAGUAUCCUAAAGAAAUUGAAUUGUGUUUAAAAGCACUAAAUAACAUUAUUGCAAUUUCUAUUCUA